AUUUUUUCUGACAAUGUUAUUUAGUGUAUGAUAUGCGGCAUGGAAAUUGGAUAACAAUAGUAAGAGAGAGCGAAGCCGACAUUCCAGGCAGGCGGUGUAUUGAUUAUUUGAUACUGCAUAAAUUAGUCAAUCCGGGUGCUAAAUUUCAUAGAUAAUCUAGUCCUUAUUUUGUGUGUAAUAUAAACCAGUAAAGAUGUCUGUACCACGAGGCCGUGGAUCGGAGGAAUCUAUUUAUAGAAUUCCUCCCUAUUAUUAUAUCCAUGUAUUGGACCAGAAUUCCAAUGUUACAAGGCUAACGAUUGGUCCACAGACUUAUAUCAGACAGGACAAUGAAAGAAUUGUGUAUGGACCUGAGAAAAUGAUAGUGGUGCCCCCACGACAUUAUUGUGUACUAGAAAACCCUGUAAUCAGAAAUAAAGAUGAUGAAGUGGUAACAGAUUCUUCAGGACAAGUUAAACUUUAUCAUGCUGAUCAAGAAAUCCGUCUUGCUCAGGAACCCUUCCCUCUUUACCCUGGUGAAGUUUUAAAACAGCCAGUAACACCAUUAAAAAUAGUACCAGCCAACUCAGCCUUAAGAUUAAGAGCUAUUUUAGAUUUUGAAGACGAAUCUGGGGAAAAGAGAAUUGCUGGUGAUGAAUGGCUUUUUGAGGGUCCAGGAACAUAUAUUCCACGAAAAGAAGUUGUAGUAGAGGAAACUAUUCGAGCCACCAUAAUUAAACCUAAUCAUGCUAUAAGAUUACGAGCUCGUAAAGAAUGUAUUGACAGAUCUGGUGAACAGAGAGUCACAGGAGAGGAAUGGUUGGUUAGUAAAACUGGAGCGUAUUUACCUGGUGCCUAUGAGGAGGUUGUAGAUGUUGUCAGUGCCUAUGUUUUAACUGAUAAGAAAGCAUUACACAUGAGAGCAUUACGAACAUAUGUGGAUGAUUUUAAAGUUACACGUAAAAAUGGUGAAGAAUGGUUAAUUACUAUGAAUGAUACAGAAACACAUAUACCUAAUGUUUAUGAAGAGGUAGUAGGUGUAGUAAAUAUCACAACUUUAAAUAACAGACAAUACUGUGUUGUCGUAGAUCCUGUUGAUGACGGUGGCAAGCCUCAACUCGGAAAACGUAAACUGGUUAAAGGAGAAAAAACCUUCUUCUUGAUGCCAGGGGAGAAGCUCGAAAAGGGAAUUCAGAAUGUAUAUAUUUUAGGAGAGGAUGAAGGCCUUAUUUUACGCGCUACAGAAUUUUUCAAAGAGGGCUCACAGGGAAUUGAAAGAAAACCAGGAGAUAGAUGGAUGAUCCGCGGACCUAAAGAAUACGUGCCUCCUGUAGAGGUAGAGGUCAUGAUGAAACGACAAGCUAUACCACUGGAUGAAAAUGAGGGUAUUUAUGUUCGAGAUAUCAAGUCUGGAAAGGUUCGAUCUAUAACUGGAGUGACCUACAUGUUGAACCAAGAUGAAGAAUUAUGGGAGAAAGACCUUCCUCCUGUGGUUGAAGAGCUCUUAUCCCAGGGAAAAGACCCAUUAGCUGAUCGUGGAACACGUGGUAGUGUUGGUACAAAUCAAAAAGCCAGAGACAAGACACGAGUUAUCACGUUCCGUGUACCACAUAAUGCCUGUGUACAAAUCUACGAUUAUAAAGAUAAAAAAGCAAGAGUUAUAUUUGGACCAGAAUUAGUAAUGUUGGGACCAGACGAACAAUUCACUCAACUCAGUCUGUCUGGAGGAAAACCUAAAAAACCCAACGUCAUCAAAUCAUUAUGUUUAUUACUUGGACCUGACUUCUGUACAGAUAUUAUCACCGUUGAAACAGCUGAUCAUGCCAGGCUUCAACUACAACUUUCAUACAACUGGCAUUUUGAAGUGUCAGAUAAAACCAGCAGUGAUGAAGCUGCUAAAUUAUUCAGUGUACCUGAUUUUACUGGUGAUGCUUGUAAAGCUAUUGCUUCUAGAGUUCGAGGUGCUGUUGCUCAAGUUCAAUUUGAUGAUUUUCAUAAGAAUUCAGCAAAGAUUAUUCGAUCAGCUUUGUUUGGUUUUGAUGAAAAAAAUAAAGUUCGAGAUAAGUUCACCUUCCCUCAGAAUAGCCUAGCUAUUACCAGUAUUGAUAUCCAGUCUGUAGAACCAGUUGACCAACGAACACGAGAUUCAUUAAUGAAAUCUGUUCAACUUGCUAUUGAAAUUACAACUAACUCACAAGAGGCUGCUGCCAGACAUGAAGCAGAAAGACUAGAACAGGAGGCUAAAGGUAGACUUGAACGUCAAAAGAUUAUGGAUGAAGCAGAAGCUGAGAAGUCUCGUAAAGAACUCUUGGAGUUACAGGCUCACAGUGCUGCUGUAGAAAGCACUGGUCAAGCCAAGGCUGAAGCUCAGUCCCGUGCCGAGGCUAACCGUAUUGAAGGUGAAGCUGCUGUAGAACAAGCUAAACUUAAGGCUCAGGCUAUGAAGAUUGAAGCUGAAUCUGAAUUAGAAAGACUGACACAGGCUCGUGAAGCAGAGCUGAAAUAUAUCAAAGAACAGAAUGAAUUGGAGAUCAGUAAAGCUAGCGAGUCCUCCACCAUUGAAACACGUAAAUUUAAAGAUAUGGUGGAUGCCAUUGGAGCUGGAACUUUACAGGCUAUGGCUAAUGCUGGACCUGAAAUGCAGGUCAAAUUGUUAUCUUCUCUUGGUUUGAAGACAACAUUGAUCACAGACGGAAGUUCUCCCGUCAAUUUAUUUAACACUGCCCAGGGCUUAAUCGGAGGUCUGGUACCUGCUCGACGUAAACCCACUGAUGAUGAUGAUGCAGAUAGUAUUUAAAUGAUGUCAUAAACUGAUGAAUAUGAGCAAGUGAUAAUAAUAAUGAUCAUUUUUUGUUUGAAUAAAGUUGAUUUGGCAUUAUGAUACAAAUAUUUUUAUUCUGUGUUUACUGUAGGCCUAUUGUCCUUGUUCAAUUAUUUUUUGUACAUUGACUUUCUUAAGCAUAUUAAGUUCGAACAUUUUUGUAUAGAUUUUUAUAGUGAUAACUGUUGUAUAGUUUUCUAAUUUUCACACCAUCUUUCUUUUUCAUUUCAACAAAAAAUCGUUCCAAGAUUUAUGAUAUUUUUUAGAAAUAUUUUGUUCAUUUGUUCAUUAUACUUUAAGUUAUAGUGUGAAGAUAGCCUGUCUUUUAGGCAAGACUGACAGAGUGUAUACCAUCGCUUUUGAUGAAAUGUCUAUCAUUUAAUAUUGGAUCUAUAUCAUUUAAUAUUGGAUCCAUAUCAUUUAAUAUUGGAGCCUAUGUUCAAGGAAUUGCUUUAUGUUUAUGCUCAAUAUGCUUGAAUUGUGUGAUUCUAUAUUGUGAGCUAAUUCUAUAAUGAUAUAAGCAUGCAAUGGUAUAGUUUAUGUUAUAUGACAUUGUUUACUGUUGUGGUUAUUUAAAGAAGAUAUUAGUAUAUUUUGCACCCAAGAUUUAUAUAUCAGCAGACCCUGUGAUCAUUAGACUAAUUGUUUUUGGUAUAUUUAAAGUCCGAAGAAUGGACCACUAUUUGUUAUUAUUUUACUUGUUUAUGAACUAAACAUUUUUGAAACAUAAA